AUGCAGCUUCCCGCACUUCUCUCAUCUUUCUCCCUCAUUGGGGCCGCCUUGGCGGUAUCAGAUGACUUCCGACCCUUGGAAGACAGGGCCGCGAGCACCGCCACGGUCGUCCUUGACACGGCGACUGUUGUCGGUAAUGUCAUGAACAAUGUUGAGUCUUUCGGAGGCAUUCCUUACGCUAAGGCGCCCACCGGCCAGCUCCGACUGAAACCUCCCGUGCGCCUGACCGAGAACAUCGGCACCUUCGACGCCACCGGCCCCGCUGCUGCCUGUCCGCAAAUGAUUUCAUCUUCUGACAGCGAGAACAUCCUCUUCGAUCUUUUGGGAGAUAUCGCGAAUCUUCCGUUUAUCCAGAAAGCAACAGGCCAAACUGAAGACUGCCUGACCAUUACGGUAGCUCGUCCUCAGGGUACUAAGGCAGAUGCAAAGCUGCCAGUUCUCUACUGGAUCUUUGGAGGUGGCUUCGAGCUCGGAUGGUCCUCCAUGUACGACGGCACCAGCCUUAUUCAGCACGGCCUCGCCAUCAGCAAGCCAUUCGUCUUCGUCGCAGUGAACUACCGUGUUGCCGGCUUCGGCUUCAUGCCCGGAAAGGAAAUUCUCGCAGAUGGAUCCGCCAACCUCGGCCUCCUUGACCAGAGAAUGGGUCUCGAGUGGGUGGCCGACAACAUUGCAGCCUUUGGUGGUGACCCGGACAAGGUCACAAUCUGGGGCGAGUCUGCCGGCGCCAUCUCCGUCUUUGACCAGAUGGCUCUGUAUAAUGGCGACAACAAAUACAAGGGCAAGGCUCUCUUCCGUGGCGCUAUCAUGAAUUCUGGUAGCAUUACACCCACAGAUCCUGUUGACUGCCCUAAGGGUCAAGCUGUGUACGAUAAGGUUGUGUCGAGUGCAGGCUGCAGUGGCAAGGCAGAUACACUCAAUUGUUUGCGCGAAGUCGACUACACCACCUUCCUCAACGCUGUCACUUCCGUUCCUGGAAUUCUAUCAUACAACUCUCUCGCUCUGUCUUACUUGCCCCGUCCGGACGGCAAGACGCUUACCGCAAGUCCCGACGUUCUCGCCAAGAAUGGCCAGUAUGCGGCAGUCCCUAUGAUCAUCGGCGACCAAGAAGAUGAAGGCACACUCUUCGGUAUCUUCCAGCCCAACCUUACCACCACCGACAAGCUUGUAUCGUACCUGAAGGACUACUACUUUGCUACAGCCACUGAGGCCCAGAUCAGGGCGUACGUCGCCACAUAUGACGACGGUUUGAACGCAGUGAUCAACGGUAGCCCGCAUCGCACCGGCGUCCUUAACGAGAUCUUCCCCGGCUUCAAGCGCCGCUCUGCCAUUCUCGGUGACCUGGUCUUCACCCUUACCCGCCGGGUCUUCCUCAAUCUUGCCACUGCUGUCAACCCUAACGUACCUUCGUGGUCCUAUCUCGCCUCUUACAACUACGGAACCCCGAUCCUUGGCACCAACCACGGAUCUGAUCUGAUCCAGGUGUUCUACGGCAUCAAAGACAACUACGCCGCUCGCAGCAUCCGCACGUACUAUACUAACUUCCUCUACGCCUUGGAUCCCAACGUUGGGACCAAUGGACAGUAUCCCAACUGGCCGAAGUGGUCACAAGGUCAGACUUUGAUCCAGUUCUUCGCGGACAAGGCUAGCACUUUGAAGGACGACUUCAGGAAAACCAGCUCAGACUGGAUCUUGAACAAUGCUGGAGAUUUGCUCUUCUAG